AUGGUGCUGGAGGGCGGGCUGCCGGCGCCGCUGCAGCUGUACGCGGCGGCCGCGGCGCAGCUGGCCCCCCGGCCUCCGUGGCCGCCGUUCCUGCCGUUCUUCGGUGUUCCUCCGCCGUUCCUGGCGCGGCCCAGGCUGCCGCACCCUAUGCCGGCUCGGGCCCCACAUGGCCCCCCCAGUGAGGACUCCAAUGAGGAUGGUGCCAGCAGUAAAGGUGGCGUAUGUGACGAUGAUGGUGACAGUGGAAAGAGAAGACGAUCUCGGACGAACUUCAACUCCUGGCAGUUGGAGGAGCUAGAGCGAGCGUUCCUGGCGUCUCACUACCCUGACGUGUUCAUGAGGGAAGCCCUCGCUAUGAGAUUGGACCUCAAGGAGAGCAGAGUAGCUGUAUGGUUUCAAAACCGAAGGGCGAAAUGGCGUAAGAAGGAGCACACAAAGAAAGGUCCUGGCCGACCAGCUCACAAUGCACACCCACAGUCUUGUUCUGGAGAACCAAUACCACCACAUGAGCUGAGAGCCAGGGAGAGGGCGAGAAGAAGAAAGAAGUUGGCAAAAGCGUUGGAGAGGCAAGCGAGGAAGCUACGGGCUAAGGGCAUCGCGGUAGACCUCGAGGCUCUGAAGGCGGAGUACCUGGCCCAGCACAAGAACAGCGGCCUGUACUCCGACUCAGACGGAGACGGGGAGGGGGAGGACAGCAUGAUAGAUGUAGUAGGGGGAGACUCCUGCCACGACUCGGGACCUGAAGACUUCUCCCUAUCGGGCCGACUUCGGGCACCUUCGGGGGGCGACGGCAUGAACAACUCAGACAGUUCGACGUCUGAUGGCCAUUCGGGGCGGCACUACAGCCCAACCCCCGACCCUCAGCCCUCGUUCUUCAAGCACUUCAGUGGAGCCAGUACGAACUUUGAGAAGUUCGACUUCGACUCAGGUCGAGCUGUCUCCUUAGACCUGAGCGGUGGAGGCCACGCUACGGAGGACCUCUCGAAAAAUGGAGGGACAAGAAAACAUAAUCCUUUCAGUAUAGAGUCCUUACUUAACACGUGA